UUCAAAGUUGGUUUUAUAUCAAAUGACACUAUUCAUAUAUUAAUUUAUGAAAGUACUGUUAACAAACCUUACAACUUUGUUUAUAAAAGACCCUUUGACAAAUUGGAGAAAUGUAAACAUUUAUACAACAAACCAAACUAUGAUAACGCAAUUUAUGUAAGAUCCAAGCUCCCUAUGAGACAUGACACCUGGUCCGAACCUAUUCGCCUGUAGCAAGAUCACGUCCGACACCACACCAAACCACCUGCAUUGCGUUGUUUAAUUUAAGGGGAAUUACAGGUCACAACAAGGGUUGAGUAGUAGCGUUAAGGGUUUUGAGAUAACUGCCAUAGCAAAAAGAUAUUUACUGAAAAUGGAAUGAAAAUUUGAUAAUCGUUAACUAAGGAGAUUGGUGAAUUGUAAGUAUUAUUUUGUCCUUAUUUUCUAGGUUUUUAUUUUUUACGAGAGAAAAAAAAAAAAAAGGAUUACCUACUAUCUGCGGUUUUUGGGCAACCGACGAAGCCCAUUCCUGCCUAACUCGACCAUGACAGAAGGAUUUCGAUUGGACGUAGGUCGAUCCAGGUGCAGGUGGGCACUGAUAAGGCCGGAAACGUCAAUGGGUUGGGCAAUAAGCUCUGCCGAGGUUGAUUACUCGAGAGAAAGCAGAAGACAGCAAUGAAAUGAAGGGUAAAAUAGUGAUUUCAUUUAUUUCCCCUCAUCGAUUUGUCAGUUAUAUUUAUAGUUUUUGCUAUAGUAGUGGUUAACUCCAAAUAGUGAUAAAUUGUCCAUUUUGUAAUUCCCCUCUUUCUUCAUUGUACUAGUCAGCAUAAAUUUUCAAAGGAAUCUUCAUUUUCUCUCGAAUAUCUUCCCAGUUCCCAGCUUCUUUUGCACGACGCAAAGUCUUCCCAGCUUCUUCUGCACGACGCUUUUCUCAUUUUUUUCUUGUCUUACACAAAAUGGCAAAUGGGGCUACUGAUUCGGCAGAUUUGGGAGAAAGCGAGGUUGGCAAUAUCCGCAAUUGGAGUGUUUCCAAACUGAUUUCUUCCCUCAAAACCACUUUUCGUCCCAAGGAUUUGGCCAAGGUAGAAGCGGUCCUAGUGGAGAGAGAAGACAAAUCAAAGCUAGAGAUCGAGACACUGAAACAGCUAAAGGAUUCGUUUUUCUACAAAUCCGAAGAAGAUAGAUUGGACAAGAUGAGUCUUGGAGACGAGCUCAGAAAAUGCAAGAAAGAGUGCGAGGAAAUGAGGAACACAGUGUCGAAGCUACGGGAAGAGAACAUGGUUUUAAGGGAAAGAGAAAAGCAGGCUAAGGAAAGAUGCAAUAAUUUAUUGGAGGAAGUGAAGAGAAUCGGAGAGGAGGACAAGAUAAUGAUCGAUUUAAGAAGUAGGAAUUGCGAGGUUGAAUGUGCAAGAGCCAAGGCUGAAGGUGAGCUGGAAAUAUUGAGGAAUAGAUUUGAGGAGUUGGAUAACAGGGUUUUGAAUUUAGAGAGUGACUUACCGUUAUUGAGGAAUCAGGAGGAUUUAAUGAGCAAUAAGAUAUGGGGAGAAAACGGGAAUUCUGAAAAUGGGGUGGCAAAACCCCAUGAGACUGUGAAGGUGGAAGAAGUUGUUCCAACCUGUGAUUCUCCUGUCAAUGCUAAUGGGAAUUCACAAAAUGCUGGUAAAAAUUGAGUGGGAGACCUCCAUCUCAAAACAUUGUUGAGAUUGUUGAUAUCGAUAGUGAUGGUGAUUGUACACCAGUAGAAAUUCAGAGUGAAAAAAGAAUGACUCACCCUGCAGAGAUCGCAAAUUCAGAUCAGAAUUGUGUAGAAAAUGGGAUUUCAACUUUCAAAAGAA